AUGAACAACUACGAAGCCGCCAUGGAAAAUUCAAAGCCGUCACCCUCACCUCCUGAACACGACAAUGACAAGGACGCAAAACCCUCCACAGUUGUCGCCAGACACGACAUGACGAUCUCGGAUUUCCGCCGCAACAUCACAUGUUCCCCUUACGACAGCACAUACCCUUUCUUCUCAGUCACAGCUCCCCCCGUGAACGGCCUGAUUUGCUGCACACGUGGCUCAUCAAUCGCUGUUUGCAAUCCCACCACGAGAGAGAUGAUGAUACUCCCCGAUGUCAGAGCUGGAGGCAGAAUCACGCACGCACGUCUCGGGUACGAUCCGGUGGGGGAUCGAUACAAAGUGCUGUGUGCGAUGAUCGGUGGAACAGAUAUGGAACCGAAGCAUCUCGUUAUGACACUGAUCAGAUGUGAAUACAGAUGGAGAAAGAUCACUGACACCAACGGAGAGCCUUACACAGAAGUGGAAUUUGCAUCAAUGAUAGCAAGAUUCGACAUAAGAACCGAGAAGAUGACGUUUAUUCAAGCACCCACAGAUGAUAUCACAAGUUGGACUUUUGUAAAUCACCACGGGAAAUUUGGAGGAGUAGAGUAUGGUUACUCGAAAGAGACUCGUGUAUGGAUCCAAGAGAAAAGGGAGCUGUGGAAUCAAACGACUUGUGUUUUGCCUUGUGAGUGGGAUGAUCUGUUUAGGGAGAAGAGACCAUCUUAUUCUCCAGGAGAGAUUCAUACCGGAGAAGUUAUGUUGUGCUCUCACCGCUUAGAAUCAUCUAAGCCUUUAUCUGUUUUCUACUCGGAUGUGAUCCAAGAGAGUUUGAGAAGUGCGCAAGUCGAAGGAAUUGCAGAUUAUGAGUUUAGACGUGUCAAUGGAAUUGGUGAACAUAGCAGCAAAGGUGAAAAAACGAAGUUGCAAAGAAUGGAGAGAGUGAUGAACAUCAUAAAGCCGAAGCCUGAUCCAAAGCAACUCUUGCGUGAUUGGCAACGCAAACUUCGUCAGGAGUGCCGUAACAUCGAACGCCAAAUCCGAGAUAUACAGAAAGAAGAGAGAACCGUUCAGAAAGCUAUCAAAGAGGCUGCAAAGCGGAACGAUAUGGUCUCAGCCAAGGCGCUUGCUAAGGAAAUUGUGAGUUCGAGAAGAACAGUGAACCGGCUAUAUGAAAAUAAAGCGCAGAUGAAUUCGAUAUCAAUGCACCUUGGGGAGAGCGUUGCUGUUGCUCGAACAGUUGGGCAUCUGUCCAAGAGUGCAGAGGUUAUGAAGCUUGUCAAUAAUCUCAUGAAAGCUCCACAAAUGGCUGCAACAAUGCAGGAAUUCAGCAAAGAGAUGACCAAGGCUGGAGUUAUUGAGGAGUUUGUGAAUGAUGCCAUUGACAAUGCACUAGACUCAGAGGAUAUGGAAGAAGAGAUAGACGAAGAGGUUGAUAAAGUAUUGACUGCUAUUGCUGGAGAAACCGCUGCAGAGCUCCCGGAAACUGUCAGGAAGGAAAGGAUAAAGGUUCCUGCGCAGAAGGCGAGCACGUCCCGAGAGGAAGAGGCAAUUGCAGAAGGUGUUGAUGAUGAGGAAGAGCUGGAGGAAAUUCGAGCUCGGCUUGCUAAAUGGCUGAAAACCACUCACAUUCCAAAAGGCCUGGUCAUUUUAACCGAGGCAACUUGA